AAGCAUAAUGUAAGGUUCCACAUGUGGUCUUUCUGGUUCGGCUGCCGCUAGUUCAGCUCUUCUUUCCUCCCUGUGAUCUGCCUGAAAACUGUUGGACAAAAAGAACUAUAGACAGUGGAAUUUCUAAAACCCUACUUGGUUUCUUCUCGGUCGGAAACGUCGUCAGAUCUACGGGAAAGGAAGUGACCGCAGAAAGGGGAUUUCUACAGAUCAGAGACAUUUCUGGAGGGUGUUAUCAACAUUUAUACAGUAAAGGAGGACAACUUUUAUUCUUCCAUUAAACCUUCCUCUCUGACAGAUAAAGUUAUUUCUUGGUCUGGUUAAUCUCUGCUGCCAUGGAGACCUAAACUACCCCAGGAGGGAUGUUCCACUCAGGGGGAGAGGGCUGACCCGCCAUACCCAGGGCUGUGUGUGUGUGUGUGUGUGUGUCUGUGUGUGUGUGUGUGUGUCUGUGUGUGUGUGUGUGUGUGUGUGUGUGUGUGUGAGAGUUCUGUCCAUAUUCACCAUGUCUUACGUUGACAUCAAAUCCCAAAUCUCAGCCCCCAUACACACAGCCAUGCGUUCAGAGUUGAGUCGGUUGGUGAGUGGUGUGUCAGGGAGACCAGAGAGUGUGUUGGUGAGUCAGGGAGAACAGAGAGUGUGUUGGUGAGUGGUGAGUCAGGGAGGACAGAGAGUGUGUUGGUGAGUGGUGAGUCAGGGAGGACAGAGAGUGUGUUGGUGAGUCAGGGAGAACAGAGAGUGUGUUGGUGAGUGGUGAGUCAGGGAGAACAGAGAGUGUGUUGGUGAGUCAGGGAGAACAGAGAGUGUGUUGGUGAGUGGUGAGUCAGGGAGAACAGAGAGUGUGUUGGUGAGUCAGGGAGAACAGAGAGUGUGUUGGUGAGUGGUGAGUCAGGGAGGACAGAGAGUGUGUUGGUGAGUCAGGGAGAACAGAGAGUGUGUUGGUGAGUGGUGAGUCAGGGAGGACAGAGAGUGUGUUGGUGAGUCAGGGAGAACAGAGAGUGUGUUGGUGAGUGGUGAGUCAGGGAGAACAGAGAGUGUGUUGGUGAGUCAGGGAGAACAGAGAGUGUGUUGGUGAGUGGUGAGUCAGGGAGAACAGAGAGUGUGUUGGUGAGUCAGGGAGAACAGAGAGUGUGUUGGUGAGUGGUGAGUCAGGGAGGACAGAGAGUGUGUUGGUGAGUCAGGGAGAACAGAGAGUGUGUUGGUGAGUGGUGAGUCAGGGAGGACAGAGAGUGUGUUGGUGAGUCAGGGAGACCAGUUCUCUCUGAUCCAGGAUGAUCCAUAAGACAAUGUUAUUAUUAAGAUUUUAUUUCAGUUGAACAUUAUACCUGUCUGUGUGACCAGGGGACAGGACUGAGGUUAUAUACCUGUCUGUGACCAGGGGACAGGACUGAGGUUAUAUACCUGUCUGUGACCAGGGGACAGGGCUGAGGUUAUAUAUCUGUCUGUCUGUCUGUCUGUCUGUGACCAGGGGACAGGGCUGAGGUUAUAUACCUGUCUGUGACCAGGGGACAGGGCUGAGGUUAUAUACCUGUCUGUCUGUCUGUCUGUCUGUCUGUGACCAGGGGACAGGGCUGAGGUUAUAUACCUGUCUGUCUGUCUGUGUGUGACCAGGGGACAGGACUGAGGUUAUAUACCUGUCUGUGACCAGGGGACAGGACUGAGGUUAUAUACCUGUCUGUCUGUCUGUGUGUGACCAGGGGACAGGGCUGAGGUUAUAUACCUGUCUGUCUGUCUGUCUGUCUGUCUGUGACCAGGGGACAGGGCUGAGGUUAUAUACCUGUCUGUGACCAGGGGACAGGGCUGAGGUUAUAUACCUGUCUGUGACCAGGGGACAGGGCUGAGGUUAUAUACCUGUCUGUGACCAGGGGACAGGGCUGAGGUUAUAUACCUGUCUGUCUGUCUGUGACCAGGGGACAGGGCUGAGGUUAUAUACCUGUCUGUGACCAGGGGACAGGGCUGAGGGGAUCCACCUGAUGUGGUUGUGUUGCUAUCAGGAGCGGACAGAGUGGUGUGGCCUAGUCUGGUGGUUACAGGCAGGCAGGCAGGCAGGCAGGCAGGCAGACAGGCAGACAGGCAGGCAGACAGACAGACAGGCAGACAGGCAGACAGACAGACAGACAGACAGGCAGGCAGGCAGGCAGGCAGGCAGGCAGACAGUCCUCUGUGGCUCAGACAUGACUGACUGUACUCGCUUUCUAUAAAAUAAUCUGCUAAAUGGCAUAUUGUGAUAUAUUAUUGUGACAGACAUUUUUCUGGCAUAUUGUGAUAUAUUAUUGUGACAGACAGUUUUCUGGCAUAUUGUGAUAUAUUAUUGUGACAGACAGUUGUCUGGCAUAUUGUGAUAUAUUAUUGUGACAGACAGACAGUUGUCUGGCAUAUUGUGAUAUAUUAUUGUGACAGACAGACAGUUGUCUGGCAUAUUGUGAUAUAUUAUUGUGACAGACAGACAGUUGUCUGGCAUAUUGUGAUAGACAGACAGUUUUCUGGCAUAUUGUGAUAUAUUAUUGUGACAGACAGACAGUUGUCUGGCAUAUUGUGAUAGACAGACAGUUUUCUGGCAUAUUGUGAUAUAUUAUUGUGACAGACAAGGCGGUUUUCUGUUUCUCUUCUUUAGGUUUCUAUUGUCAUCAGAGCAGUCAGAUCAGUUCUGUUUCAUCAGAAAACUCUUCAGUUUCAUUUACAGGCUGAUGUGUGAGAUGACGUAGAACGCAUCCUGUUCAUUUACAGGCUGAUGUGUGAGAUGACGUAGAACGCAUCCUGUUCAUUUACAGGCUGAUGUGUGAGAUGACGUAGAACGCAUCCUGUUACCAUCAAUCACAUGGCUGUGUGUGUGCAGGAGCCUGUGUGUGUGUGUGUGUGUGUGUGUGUGUGUGUGUGUGUGUGUGUGUGUUUCCCUGCCCUGGGUAUACUUAUCCCUCUCUCUCUGAGGAGAACAGCCCUUCCUUUUCUCUAAUUCUACAAACUCUAAUACCUGUAUAUCUAGACUGUCUAUAUCUAGCCUGUAUAACCUAUCUGUAAAUGGACACCCUGGUCCAUCUCCGGAACAGCCCGUUCCUCAUGGGUCUGUGUCGGAACGGAGCCCCAGCUGACCUGCAGUACGACAACUCUUCAGAACUGUUUCGUAUCUCCACCUUCGCCCGCUUCCCGGCAGCGGCGGUUACAGAGCGCACCCUGGCCAGGGCAGGAUGGUUCUAUACUGGGGUUGGAGACAGGGUGCAGUGUUUCAGGUGUAACGUGACGGUGGAGGGCUGGCAGACAGGGGACUGUCCUGCUGAGACACACCGACAGCUCUCGCCCUCCUGCUCCUUCAUCCAGAGUCUACCCUCCACUGCCAACCUCCUCUCCUCUUCUCACAGCGCCUUCUCUCCGCUAUGCAGCACACCCGUCAUACCGGUGUCAGGCCCUGGCCCAGCCCCCCUCCCCGUCUCUGCCCCUAACCCCGUCCCCAACCCGGUGCCGGGUGACGAGCCGAUUGGAUAUUUGAAUAUGGGGUUCUCUGCCCCGCCCCCCUCCAGCCUACUGAGCUCCCGAGAAGUAGAGGACAUGUCCCACCAGACACCCCCUACCAGUCACAACCCCAGUAUGAGGAGAGAGCAGGACCGUCUGGACUCCUUCCACUCCUGGCCCCUGUCCAUCAUCACCCCCUCUGAGCUGGCCAAGGCUGGUUUCUACUACCUGGGACAGGGAGACCGCGUGGCCUGCUUCACCUGUGGAGGACAGCUCAGUAACUGGGAACCAGGGGACCGGGCCGUGUCGGAGCACCAGAGGCAUUACCCCAACUGUCGCUUCGUCAGAGGAGACCGGGCCGACAACGUGUCCCUGGCGGGCGGGGCAAGGGGUGUAGGAGCCCCGGCCCCCGGCCCCCCCGGCCUCAGUAACGUCUCUAACCCAGCCAUGCUGCAGCGUGAGGAGAGGCUGCUGACCUUUGUCCACUGGCCCUUACGUAUCCCUGUACGCCCUGAUCAGCUGGCCAAGGCAGGAUUCUACUACGUUGGGCGUAAUGAUGAUGUGAAGUGUUUCUGCUGUGACGGGGGUCUGAGGUGCUGGGAGUCAGGUGACGACCCCUGGGUGGAGCACGCCAAAUGGUUCCCUAGGUGUGAGUACCUGCUCCAGGAGAAAGGUCAGGAGUUUGUCCAUCAGAUCCAGGCUCGCUUCCCUCGGCUCUUUGAACAGCUCCUGACCAAUGGGGACAGCAUCUCCAGGGAGUUUGUGGACCCGCCAAUGGUCAACUUGGGUCCAGGUGAGGAGCGGUCGGAAGAUGCAGUGAUGAUGAACACUCCGGUGGUAGUGUCGGCUCUAGAGAUGGGAUUUGAGCGUGGCCUGGUCAAGCAGACGGUCCAGAGUAAGAUCCUGACCAGCGGAGAGAACUACAAGACCGUCCAGGAGCUAGUCUCAGACCUGCUGUCUGCCGAGGACCAAAAGAGAGAGGAGGAGAGAGAGAUGCUGGCCGAGGAGAUGGCUUCAGAUGGUAUUUCGUUCUUGAAGAGACACCAGCCAGCGUUGGUUCAGCGUCUGAAGAGUGUUGAGUCUGUCCUGGAGCACCUCCGAGAGCAGAACGUCAUCAGUGGAGAGGAGUACAGUGGUCUCCAGGGCCAGUCCUCUCAGCAGCAGACAGCCAGACUGAUAGACUUGGUCUUGACUAAAGGGAACGCAACAGCUGAGGUCUUCAGGAACUGGAUCCAGAAGAACGAUGUCUACCUGCUCCGAGACCUCAUGGCCCAGGCAAAUGAAGCCGCAUCACCGAGUCAAGAUCUCUCAGACCUGCCGAUGGAGGAGCAGCUGCGCCGGCUGCAGGAGGAGCGGACCUGUAAGGUGUGUAUGGACAAGGAGGUGAACAUGGUGUUCAUCCCGUGUGGCCACCUGGUGGUCUGUAAGGAGUGUGCUCCAUCCCUGAGGAAAUGUCCCAUCUGCAGAGGACUGGUCAAGGGCACCGUCCGAACCUUCCUCUCCUAGAAGACCGAAGAGGAACCAGGAUGGAUGUUAGGCACUGGCCACCCGGGCUGAACACCCAGUUCAUCAUCAUCACCCAGUAGAUAACCAUUUUUUAUAGCCCGGGUCCAAAAUCUGUACCAUGCCAUAUUUGAAAAGGUGUGAUGAUUGUUCUGAUAUCAAUUGUCUGAAAUAAAGGAUUGUGCUUUUCA